AUGCCUCUUGGGUCCGUGCCCGGCCGAUGGCUAAGAUGGCGACUCCCAUGCAUCGCUUGAUUGCUCGGAGACAAGCGGAGGCAAAUAAGCAACAUGUAAGGUGUCAGAAAUGUUUGGAAUUUGGACACUGGACAUAUGAAUGUACAGGGAAAAGAAAAUAUCUGCAUAGACCAUCAAGGACAGCAGAAUUUAAAAAAGCACUUAAAGAAAAAGAGAACCAGCUACUACAACAAAGCUCUGGAGAAUGUACUACAGACAGGAAGAGCAAGAAAAAAAGGUCUAAAAGUGUGACAAGUUCCAGCAGUAGCAGCAGCAUCACUUCAGCUAGUGAGUCUUCAUCAGAGAGUGAUGACUCCUCCUCCUCUUCAUCAGAUGACAGUGAUAGUGAUGAAAGCACUUCCAGUUCUUCAUCUUCUCCAUCAUCAAGUAGUUCUUCUAGUUCUUCUGACUUUGAAACAGAGUCAAGUUCUUCCAGCAGCAGCAGCAGUAGCAGCAGCACAGAUAGCAGUACAGAUGAUGAGCCACCAAAGAAAAAGAAGAAGAACAAUUUAGUGCGAUGCUAGGACUACGGUGGCAUUAAACAAUAACUUGCAUCUAAAAUGCAUAAUGGCCAAACUAAACUAACCAGUUGUCUGUUUUUACAGUUGUAAAACUGUAUGUGUUUUUACAUAGUAGUUGAUAGGCCAUAAGCUGUUAAAUGGCAAGUAAUACUUACUGAAAGAGUAUUUUUGUGGAUUACUGUUUAAUAGGGAAUGCUACCUUUUUUCUUAAUUUUUAAAGAAAUCUAAUAUUUAUAUGAAUUAAGGUCCAGUCAUCCUGAUGUUUACAUGCCAGAAAGCAAAACACAUUUCUCUGAAUCAUCCUGUGUUAUGUCAUAGAGCAGCCUUGUGUUUACAUCAGUUUUAUAUUCUAAGUAAGAUGGAAGGAGACUAUGAAGUUUGAUUUCAGAUGGCUAAUAUAUCCAAAGCCAUAUGUAAUGUCCCUCCCCGGUUACAGAGGGAGUGGCAUUGUGUUUUGUAGGGGAAAAAAAGCCUGUUAGGUAAAAUCAAAAAAUAGUUCAAUAUUCUAGUCAAAUAAUUGUUCAGUAUCAAAUUUCUGUUAAUACGAUUGUUUUGUGAUCAGUAUCCUAUAUAUGGAUCUUAUUUCCAUCUCAGUCCAGUGAGGUUGUUCAGCCUAUUGAAACAAGACUCUCUAUCUCGAUUGCCCUUCUGGACUUGGUCUGCAUAUGCAAAAUGAUGGUGGGUAGAGAUCUUCACAUAGUACUGAAGAGUAUGCAUCUUACUAGAAUUUAACUCUCUCCCUCUAAAGCCUUGUAACAAGCCCUCCUGCAACAUUGGGUUUUGAUUGAUUGCCACACACAACUUCCUUUUGCCCUUUUGCUAGCAUAAUUGCUGGCUAGUUCCUUGCACUUACACUGCACACAAACUUGUGGAAGAGGAUAUGACAACUGGGGGAAGAGAAAGGUAAGAUCUAUUCCCUCAUUCACUCUUCCAGGCAAAGAAAAAUUCAUUAUGAACUCCAAUAAUUGCUGGAUUUUGUUGUUGUUUUUCCAAUAGAAAUAGAUACUAAUACCAUAAGCAAGAGAUAGCCAAAAGGAAUAAAAGAAAAUAGUUUGUACUAUAAUUUCAAAAUUAAAAAUUAUGGGAUUUUGUCUAUACUAUUAUUCCUAGUUUAGAGGGGGUCAGAGAAAGAGUUUGGGAUACAUCUUGACUCCUACUUCUAGUUUUAUACCUUACUUUCAUAUUUUCCUUCCUUUUGGAGAAAGGCACGUGUUUAAAUUGAUUCUCAUGUAAAGCAUUAACUUGGCAACUGGUCACUGGGUAAACAUUUCAGCCCAGAAAUCCUUAGACUUCAUACUAUGUUUACAUUUGGCAAAAAUCUAAAACAUUGCCAGCUAACCAUUGAGUUAGCAGUGUUUCUAUUCCUUUAAGCCUCUAUUUUUACCUUCUGCCAUUUAUUGUCUCCACCCCCCUCCAAAUUUUUUGAGCUAUUAUGGUUGUAGUUUAGUGGGUACUUUAAAAGUCAUUGGCAAUUAGAUACUUUUCCAGAUCACUUUAAGUUGCCUCUUUAAAUGCCAAAUUCUUGUUUAUGUUUACAUAUAAUUUCAGAAUAAAUUCUUAAGUUAUAUUGCAGAUUUAAAAAAAGAGCAUACUUCUGUUUAUUAUAGAUGGGAAGAGAACACAACUGACAUUGAAAAGCAGAGAAAAGAAAUAUUCAAAAAGUGGCAUUUGAUUCUUUUCUAAAAUAGAAAGUGAUAAUAUUUAACUCAAAAAUCAAUUAACAUCCUGGGUCCCCCCUUGCAAAAAUCAUUUAAGUCAGAGGUGAAGAAUUUAUUUCACUCCAAGGUUACACUGAUUUCAGGAACCAUACAAUAUCAGUGGAUGAUGCCACAACCAGAAGAUGAUGGGGCCACUUCACUUCAAGUACGCAGCCUUCAAAUUCCUUUCCUGGAGACAGACCAACACACCCCCUCCCCCCCCCAUAGUAAUUAGGCUUUAAAGCUGCCUUUGCUGAAAUCAGUAUGAGCUGUUUUUAAAUUGUGCAAGUUUUGGAGAAGUCUUAUUUCUGACCAGUGCUUGACAUAGGUGGACUUGUUUUCUCUGCCAGUUCUGGAAGGAGGAAGGGCUUGGAUAGAACCUGAAGGCCACGUGGGACACCCUCAACUUGCUGAAUAUGGCUUGUUGAAUAGAGGUUCCCCGUGUUCAAAUUUAAGCACAGGAUGAUUAACAAAUUGCUCCCUAAAUCAGAGGGAAAUCUUGAGGGAGCAGCCUGCUGUAUGACAACAUAUAGCAGCAACAGUACUGAUUUUAUUUUUUUAAAUGACAACUUGUUUCUGCCUUUUUGUCAUUCUUUGAAUAGUGGCUUGACAUUUCUUGUAGCAGCCAAUUUUUCCCCUCAUCCAAGUCUCAGUGGUGUAGUGUACCCAUUGGCUUCACCUUGUCUAAAGGGCUAGGAUACUCCUUUUUCCAUGGUUUGGACCAGAAGCGUGAUCCUCUGUCCACUGAAAGAGAAACAGCACUAUCCAGAACUAACAAAGGCCACCUUCAGUUUUGUAAUGAUUCUUGCAGGCAGCUACGUACAUGUCUCUCUCCACUACCAGAAUCUUUGGACCAAGGCCAAAUGCUUUGAUCUUUUUAAUAAGACCUGUUUGAGCUUAAAGACUUCCCUUUAAGCUGUUUUUGCACUGUGCGUGGAGAGUAGUGUUCAGUGUUGCAACUGAAAUGUUUCAUCUUUGUGCCUUUUCAUAAUAUUAAAUAUGCCCCGAAAGCAUUAUAAAAUGGAAGAGUUUGAGGUGUUUGCUUUGUUGUCUGCACACUAUUUUGGGCACCUAGAAAAAAUGUUAUACAAAUGCUUUCAAUGAGAAAAAUAUUUAUUUUCAGUGGAGCUGGAUAAAAGAAGAUAUCUUUAAAUAUUUCCCCUUGUGAUAUUUUUGCAUAAAUAUUCUUAGCCUAUAACAUGCAUUUGAUUAUUCUGGUCAUAUUCUAAUUUACAGUCACUUAUUUAAAAAUAAAAUGUUUAUUUUUUGCAUAGCACAAGUUAUAUAAUUAAAUGAAUUUGAAUGGAGGAUACAUAUUAGGCAAGAUUGCAGUCCAUUUCUUGUAGGUUACAGAAAAAAAAUAACAUUGUGAUGAGUUCUAGCAAUUGGCAGUAGUCAAUUAGUGAUACAGUCUCUUUUUAGUUUCUUUUUUGAUGGGUCUUUUUAUGAGGAAUAUGUGGGAGGGGACAUCUUAAAUAUCCUAGUUUAGUUAAAGUAUGAAUUAACAGUUGAACUAUUUUUUUAUAUUUUUAUGAAAAUGUAGUGUGUAGAAUGACUUUUGAAUACAAAUGUUCUAUUUAAAUGUUUAUGUAAGUUGUGCAUUUCAGUCUGUAACCAUUUCUAUGUUUUGCAAAAUUCAGACACUAUAAUUCUAAAACUACCAGAAAAUUAUUUGAAUCAUGCUAUAGAAUGUAUAAUUUAAGAAAUUAAUAAAUUAUUAAAUGCAAAUUAAGGAUUUAAACUUUUAUUUUCACAGAUUGUAAAUUUCGUA